GAGGCCCACAAAGACGACUUCCUUCCCACCUUGGCCUCCGAGGCCAUUAGCAGCGUCGAAGCGGGUCCACCCCAAGGUUUUCGGGCGGCCGGCCUUCCUCAGCGGGUAGAAGAGCUGCCCAGCGAGGCGGGAACCGGCCAUCCCAACCACGCCGUGGGUCGCAUGAUCCUCCCGGAGAGCAUCCCAAAAGGUCUGACGGUUCUGGAGCAGCUGACUUACCUCGGCUUCGACCUUCGGCCAGCCGAGUGGGCCUCAAGAAGAAGUCUCACUCUUGAGGAUGCCGUCAACUUGCUGAGCGGACAGGCCUCCGUCCAGUUAUGA